AUGGGGUUCCAAUCCCCGGACCUCCAACAACCCCAACAUCCCCCUCCCCCCAUUGGUAUCAUCGGGGACUUACAGCCAAGCAGCAGGGGUGGGGACUUACAGCCGAGCAGCAGUGGUGAGGACUUACAGCUAAGCAGUAGUGGUGGGGACUUACAGCUAAUCAGUAGUGGUGGGGACGUACAGCCAAGCAGCAGUGGUGGGGACUUACAGCUAAGCAGCAGUGGUGGGAACUUACAGCCAAGCAGCAGUGAUUUGGACCUACAGCCAAGCAGCAGUGGUUGGGACGUACAGCCAUGCAGCAGUGGUGGGGACUUGCAGCCAAUCAGCAGUGGUGGGGAUUUACAGCCAAGCAGUAGUGGUGGGGACUUACAGCCAAGCAGCAGUGGUGGGGACGUACAGCCAAGCAGUAGUGGUGGGGAUUUACAGCCAAGCAGCAGUGGUGGGGACUUACAGCCAAGCAGCAGUGGUGGGGACUUACAGCCAAGCAGCAGUGGUGGGGACGUACAGCCAAGCAGUAGUGGUGGGGACUUACAGCCAAGCAGUAGUGGUGGGGACGUACAGCCAAGCAGCAGUGGUGGGGACUUACAGCCAAGCAGCAGUGGUGGGGACUUACAGCCAAGCAGCAGUGGUGGGGAUUUACAGCCAAGCAGCAGUGGUGGGGACGUACAGCCAAGCAGUAGUGGUGGGGACUUACAGCCAAGCAGUAGUGGUGGGGACGUACAGCCAAGCAGCAGUGGUGGGGACUUACAGCCAAGCAGCAGUGGUGGGGACUUACAGCCAAGCAGCAGUGGUGGGGACCUACAGCCAAGCAGCAGUGUUAUCGACGUCUUCAACUUUAUCAUUAGGGGUUAUAGUUUUUAA